AUGUCUUUCUUCUUUUACUCCUUCCCAUUAUUACAACCAUAUUUCUUUCUUUCUUCUUUUUUAUUCCUUCUCAUUAUUACAACAAUAUUUCUUUCUUUCUUUUUCUUUUACUCCUUAUUAUUACAAUCAUAUUUUGUUCUUUUUCUUUUAGUCCUUCUCAUCAUUACAACUAUUUUUCUUUCUUUCUUUGUCAUUCUUUUAUCACUUCUCAUUAUUACAACCAUCUUUCUUUCUUUCUUUCUUUUUUCUUUCUUUCUUUCUUUUUCUUUCUUUCUUUCUUUCUUUCAUUCUUUCUUUCUUUCUUUCUUUCUUUCUUUCUUUCACCACUUCUCAUUAUUACAAUAUUUCUUCUUUCUUUUUCCUUUACUCCUUCUCAUUAUUACAACCAUAUUUCUUUCUUUCUUAUUUUUUACCUCUUCUUAUUAUAACAUCAUAUCUUUCUUCUUUAAUCCGUUCUCAUUAUUACAACCAUGUUUCUUUUUUCCUCUUUUAGACUUUCUCAUUAUUAAAACCUUGUUUUUUUUUUUUUUUUCUUUCUUAAUCUUUUACUCCUUCUCAUUAUUACAACCAUGUUUUUUUUCUUCUUCUUUUUACCCCUUCUUAUCAGAACUAUAUUUCUCUUUCUUCUUUUAUUCCUUCUCAUUAUUACAACCAUAUUUCUUUCUUUCUUUUUUUUUACCUCUUCUUAUUAUAACAUCAUAUCUUUCUUCUUUAAUUCGUUCUCAUUAUUACAACCAUGUUUCUUUUUUCCUCUUUUAG